AUGGUGAAAGAUUCAGAUAACCUUGUGGCUGAACUGAAGUCCGUCUUGAUCACGGUGGAAAGUGCAAGAGAAAUGUUACAAGCAGUAAAAGCUGCUAUAUUCGACGGGAAACCAAGCGAUGGCCCCACGCAAAGACUUGCUCGAAAGAAGUACAUUUUAGACACUUUGGCUGUAACUCGAUGGCAUAAGAAAGUGCUGAAACAUCAAAGAGACGUUACCGAACAGACUAUAAGCACGGAAAUAGGGUCGUACAACAAGACUCUUGGUAAAGCCGCUAGGUCCAAUCAACAAUUAGAAAUGCGUAAGGAAGAAUAUGAAACUUUAAAGGCAUCGGUGAGUAUACCGCUGUUUUUAUUGUCGCUGGAAACCGUUAGUGGUGGUAGGGGUAAUGAGAUUAUUAGCAAGUUAAGUAAAGAUGUUGAUAUACCAAUUGGUGGCCAUAGUGUUGGUGUUGACAUUGCCAAACUUUUUAGUAUAGAGAAAACAGCCACUGGACAUCAACGGAUAGAUUACGGAGCGUUUCAAGAAUUGGUCGAGUUGGAGUAUCGGUCUCGACUCCGCAAGCGGAUUAAGCUCGAGCUUCUUUCACUGAUGAUCUCGAGGAUUGAGAAUAACAACAAGAAGUGGAUGGGACGUGAACGCUCGUUGGCAGUGUUUAUGCGUCGGUUGAAGGAGAUGGCACGAGAAGUGGAGUCCAUCAAGACAAGUGAGAGUAGCGAUUUACACGAGUUUGAUUAUGAGGAGAAUAUGGAAGAAGAAGUUGAAGAAGACGACAUUGAAGACGACAUUGAGGAUGUAGCUGAGGUGGAUGAAGUUGAUGACCCUGAAGUGGACGACGUAGAACCUGAAGACGACACAGAAGAACCCAAGGCAGACGACAAUAUUGACGACAUAGAGUUACAACAUGAUGAGGCUGAUGAUGAUAAUGUCCAAAGUGAUGCAGAUGGCAACGGUGACGAAGAUGUACAAAGUGGCAGUGUGACCGAAGACUCUGAAUUAGAUGCCGGUGGAUCAAGAGCUGAAUCCGUAGAACCGGAGGAAGUGAAAAUCGAACCAUUACCAUUGAAUGACGACGACGACGACGACAUGGUCCUAGACUAA